UGAGCCGACCUGAUUAUAAUCCACAAAGUCACAUUUGCGUUGCUUGACAAGGUCCCGACUGUUCGUCUCAUCUGUCGCCUGGAGCGCUUUUUUUUCUUCUUUUUUUAUCCGCUCGCGAGACAGCAGCAGAGCGCAGCUCAGACCGGACGUCGGAACAAAGUUGAGGUGAGCAGCCGUCGUGCUGCGGGAGGAGGAGCAGGUCUCUCCGCGGCUUCAUGCUGCACACACGGACGUGGAGACGCGGGGGAAGUCCCAGUGCGAGCGGAGGCUGCUGUAGACGCGCCUGUAGCCGCUCCGAGCGUCUGUCUGUCCGCCAGCAUGUCCGCAGCCACGGCCUCAGUAGACCUGCCCAGGAAAGAGGACAACCUUAACCCCAGCAACUCAGUUAAUCUGCAGGCUCAGUGCAAACCCAGACCCCCGCCUACCCUGGGCACCCAAAGGAUCGUCCAGGGCAAUGGCACCAAUGUGGGCACAGUGAUUUCCCUGCAGUGUCCAGCCAAACACAAACUUGUGGGCAAAGAGGUGACUUGUGUCAGCGACAUCAACAGCACCCACUGGGUGGGGGACACUUACUGUAAACCUCUGUCUCCCCAGGAAGACUACGGCUUCCGAGUGGCUGUCCUGGCAUCCGUUAUAAGCUCAGUUAUAAUCUUGUUCAUGUCCAUGGCCUUCCUCACUUGCUGUUUGGUGGACUGCAUCAAAAAGGACAAAAAGAAGAGGCAGGAGAGAGAAGCGUGGUCACUGGAGGAGCAGGCGCAGGAGAACAGCAGGUCUUACUACAACCACAAAGGCAGAAACAACAACAACAACAACAAUGGCCAGGAGAAGAUGCUUCCUCUGUGGGACACUAGUAACCCAGCUCUGUCUGGCAACGUGCAGCCCUGCAGAUGCCAUACGCAGUAUGUCUACAGUACUCCUGCCUGCACAUAUGGCCCCCCACCUCCACUUGCUGCACUUCCUGCACACGGCUAUGAGCAGCCUCUCUUACCACGCACCGUGGAUUCGUGUCCACCUCAGUACCCCGGACCACCUGUGUCUGAGCUGGUGUGGCAGUACGGAGAACAACACAGCGACUGGUCAAAAGCUAACCUACCAACCACCGAUGGUUCCGGCGUGAGGAAUAUGAACUCAAACAGGAUUGUAAACGCCAAAGAACUUUCCAUAAGGAUUAUAUCCGUGUGAGGACACAUUGCUGAUGAUGUGGAUACCAUCUUAAAAGACAAAUCCUUACAGCAUUGUCAGUUCUGUUCAUGAGGACUGUGUGAAGUGUUUAGUACAUCAGCAUGUUUGUCCAUUUUUUAAUGUCUUCAGUGCUACACAGUAUGAUGGCUCCAUGCACAUUGGUGACAGGUUUACAGCAUGUGCCUUGUGUUUACUCUUUUGGCACAACUGCCCUCUGGCGGUAAAGCGGAGCCACUGCACUUUUAUGCCACCAAUAUGAAGAUGACAAACCCCGUUAUCUGGCGGUGGUGGACGAAUACCAGUUUGAAUGAACUUGUAACCUAAAGUUUAAUGGUGACAAUCUGGUCAUUUUUGUUUUGUUUUUUUUGUUUGUUUAUUUGUUUCUCAGAUAUAUUUCAUAAAAUGUUGUCUUCAACUGUGACAGUGUUCUAGUUUUCAAGAGCAUAAGCCAAUACCGGUAUGUAAAUAACGUUUUAAGGAAUCGAGAUUUAAAUUAAAUAUUUCCAAGUGA